AGCGUAAUUUGGCGGUAAGUUUGCGAAUGGUUUUUCAGUAAAUGUCUCAUUUUUGUUCGUUGCCUAAAAAGGUCAAAUUACAAAUUCACGUCGCCACUACUUAGAUUUUUCAACGGUAUGCUUUUGUAAGUGAAGUGAACAGAAGUAAGUUAUAAGCUCAUACCAGACACAAAUCAAAAUGUUAACUGAUAAACCAAUAGACCUAAUUUCUUCAAAUAAUUUAUUAAAAGAAAGUAUGUAUCUGGAUUUAUCCUCGUUAAGCAUACCGUUAAACAGAUACAAAAAAUUCGAAAAGAACGAUUUAAAUAGAAUAAACAAUAAUGAUCAAACAGACAAUAAGGAAAUGUACAACAAUAAUCAUACAGUUAACAUUCAAACGAGCCAUAUAAAAGUCCCAUUCAACACGUUGCCGCCGCCUCCGCACAAAAUCGUCAAUUACAACAACAACAAUAAUCGAAAAUCCAAAAACGACAGAAAAGACUACAAGGCCAAGGAGAACAAUGUCCGAGCCAACUCCCCUAGGGGCUACGACAGUGACGAGAGCUGUGCAUCUUGUUCAUCAUCAGCAGGCUCUCCAGCUGAACACAAAGGAGUAAAAUAUAAUUGCACAAGAAAUAAUGGGAUAUGUCGCCUAGGCGAUCAGACAAUAAUUUUUGGAAAGUAUAGUCAGAGUACGCCUAACGUGUACCAAUCGAGUGUAUACCAUACACAAAAUAAUGGAAAUUACGUCAAAAAUAGGUACUACAUAAACACGAGGCAGAAGCACGCCAGUCCCAGAAACGGUACAGACCUGAUGCUGAGAAGGGCGCACGGCUUGGUCGAGAGGUUCCGUUCGCGUUCCGAUUCGAUGCGGAUCGACCCGAGUCCGAUCGGCCUACUCACCGGCAGUCCCUGGGACACUCUGAAUCAGGCAAUCUGGGACGUCUACAGCACCAAGGCGCAGAAAGAGAGCACGUACGAGUUGAAGAUUAACUUGUGGCGACACAUAUUUUUGUUUAUAAGGAAGUGCUUGAACAGCUACGGUUUAUUUAUGGUGGGCUCCACUAUGUCAGGGUUUGGUCUGGACAGUAGCGACGUUGACAUGUGUUUGCUCACAAAACCUUUUACAAAUGAUCCUCGUUUGGACGCAUUGCACCAUUUAAACACCGUCAGGCAGUUGUUUGUAAGAUACGGAGUUGCGGUAGAAUCCGAACUGAUCUUGGCCAAAGUGCCAAUCCUAAAGUUCCGAGAAAAAGACAGCGGCUGCGAAGUCGAUCUUAACUGCAACAAUUCCGUCGGCAUCCGCAACACCCACCUGUUGUUCAGCUAUUCCAAGUUGGAUUGGAGAGUGCGGCCGUUAGUGGUGAUGGUGAAAAUAUGGGCGCAAAUCAACAACAUCAACGACGCCAAGAACAUGACCGUCUCCAGCUAUUCCUUCGCUUUGAUGGUCAUACACUUUUUACAAUGCGGCGUAACCCCUCCGGUCCUGCCUUGUCUUCACGGUCUGGUACCGGAUAAAUUCAACUCGGACUCGGAGCACCAAACGAUGGACGUGCAGGAGGAAAUACCCGCCAUCAAGGAUUUCCGCUCGGACAACACGAACUGCCUGGGCGAGCUGCUGCUCGGCUUCCUGCGCUACUACGCCUGCUUCGACUACAACCGCUGCGCGGUCUCGGUGCGCGCCGGCUGCCGCCUCCCCGUCGAGGAGUGCCGGUUCGCCAAGGCGCCCAAGAACGACCCCAACCAGUGGAAGCACCUCUGCAUCGAGGAGCCCUUCGACUUCACCAACACCGCGCGGUCCGUCUUCGACGCCGACAAGUUCAAGUUCAUCAGGGACGUCGUCGCGCAAUCUUAUCGCGAGCUCGAGCGCACCAAGAUGCUCGGCUCGAUCCUGCCGGUGCAACUGCAUCACCAAAGGUGAUCAUCGCCCUGCUCCGAUCGGUGCAGCUGUUUGUUGUACACCCCAAGUCCGGGUUCGUAUUUGUAAACAUUCCAUUGCCGCAGCGGUUACCCGAGCCGCGCUUCUGUUCAAAGUUAAAAUUUUUGACGUUUGAUGUUUGAAAUGUCAAAUGCCAACGGCCAAAAAAAUUGACUAUUUUUUUUUUUUGAAAAUACAGGGUGUUUCAUAAUAUAUAUGCGCAGGACUUCAGGAUGUGAUAACUCAUCCAAAAAGAUGAAAAAACUCGCUAAUAACUUACGCUCUAAAAUGCACAGUUUUCGAGAUACAGGGUGUUGAAAUUUUAGAAAAAAAUAAGCUAUGUUUUGUGCCAGAAGGGGUAGCGGGUGUUUUUCUCCUGAACUUCUACGCCCCUGAAAAAUGUACGGUUUUGAGAGGCCUAUUCGAACCGCCAAUGUUUUCUACACAAAAAAGGUACUCUUGGUCAUAAGCUCUAAAGUUGAACGUUUUCGAGAAAAAUCAACUUUUAUGUUUAAAAACAAGUAACAAAACCAAACCAUAAUUGCAAAAUAAAAAAUGAUUCAAAAGUUGUCUUUGCUAAAUUCUCCAAACCGUAAAGGUAAGGCAUUUCGAACAUUUCAGCAUUUGUGUAAAAAAAUCAUUUUUUAUUUUUUUUUUAAUUUUGCAAUUAUUGUUUGGGUUUUGUUACUUUUUCUAACGUUCAAAUAAAUUUUGUUUAAUUAGUAAUAAAAAAAUUUUAAAUUGACCAUGUUUUUAAACAUAAAAGUUGAUUUUUCUCGA